UUCGGUUUAUAAAAUUAAUUAUUAUAUAUAUUAUAUGUAUUUUCAGUUUAUUUGAUUAUGUAUUUUCUUAUAUCUUAAUAGGGAUUUCAAAAUGUCUCAAAGAUCGAAAGAUAAAGACCCGGCUUGGCGAUAUGGCGAUAGAGUUAAUGAGAAGAAUACAAAUAUUGUAUGCAAGUUUUGUAACAAGAUUACAACGGGUGGAAUUUAUCGCUUUAAAUUCCAUCUUAUUGGUGGCGAUAGAAACGUCACAAGUUGUCCGAAAUGCCCACCGGAUGUGAGGGAUGAAAUAAAGAAUUUUGUUGAGAAGAAGGAGCAAAAAAAUCAAAUGAGUCAUCAACCAUUAGUGACCAAUAUUGAUGAUGAUGAUGAUGAUAUUGAAGAAUUGUCACUUCCAACAAAACGGGGAAGAGAUGCAAUCUCUUCAAGCCAUGGAUCGACGGGUACGAGUAGGACUAAAGGUCCUAUAGAUUGCUAUUUCCCAAAGAAGCCGGAAGGAAAGAGCGGUGGAAAAGAUGUACAAAAAAUUGCUAAGGACAUUUUGAGGGAUCGUGCAGUUAGAGCUUUUGCACGAUGGGUCUAUGAUGCUGGGCUCCCCUUCAAUUGUGUCAACUAUACUGGCACUUUUGGAGACUUUAUUGAGACCGUUGGUCAAUACGGACCUGGAAUGAAGCCUCCCACUUAUCAUGAAAUCAGAGGUCCUUAUCUAAAUAAGGAAGUGGAAGAGACUAAUAAAAUUGUGGAGGAACAUAAAGUUGCGUGGAACAAGUAUGGCUGCUCCAUUAUGAUGGAUAAGUGGACGGCAAGAACUGGAAAAAUGAUUAUUAAUGUGUUGGUGAAUUCUCCCAAGGGAAGUUUAUUUCUUGAGUCCAUUGAUGCUAGCGACUCAUCCACUGACCACAUCAAAAUGUUCACCUUGUUUCAGAACACCAUUGAAAAGAUUGGCUCAAGCAAAGUUGUUCAAGUGGUCACUGAUAAUGCGAGUGAAAAUGUGAAAGCGGGUGGCAUGGUGGAAGGAGCGUACAAGAAUGUCUAUUGGACUUCAUGUGCGGCUCAUUAUAUCAACUUAAUAUUCGGGGACAUUUUCAAGGAAAAACCCUUCUCUACAGUUUUUGGCCAGGGCGUUAGGGUACAUUCUUAUAUUUCUCAGCGGCCCUUGUUAUUGAAUAUGAUGAGAAGAUUCACCGGACAAAAAAAUUUGGUGAAACCGGGCAAGACAAGGUUCGCCACUGCUUUCUUGACUUUGCAUAAUAUCCACUUGCAAAAAUCCAAUUUGAGAAAGUUGUUCACUUCAGAGGAAUGGAGCAAGACUAAAUUUGCAAAGGAAAGUGCGGGGAAAGAUGUUGCACGCAUUAUUCUUUCUUAUUCUUUUUGGAAUAAUGUCCUUCAUGCUCUUAAAAUUGGUGGCCCUUUGGUUAAAGUACUACGUUUGGUGGAUGGGGAGCAAAAACCACCAAUGGGCUACCUCUAUGAAGCUAUGGAUAGGUCCUAGGAGGCUAUUCAAGCAUCAUUAUAUGCAAAGGUCUUUCAGAUCAUUGAUGCAAGAUGGAGUGAGCAACUUCAUAGACCUUUGCAUGCAACUGGACUUAUUCUGAACCCGUCACUCUUUUAUGAUCAGCAUGAGAAUAAUUCAUUGGCUAGAGAAGUGUGGACAGGAUUCCAUGAGGUUGUUAUCAAGUUGACCCCAGAUGAAGACUUGCAAGAAAAGAUAGUAGAUCAACUUGCUAUUUACAAGGCAACCGAGGGACUUUUUAAGCUCCGACUUGCUAUUAAACAAAGAAAGACGAAGUCGCCAGAUGACCAAGUGCUUCUAUAUUUUAUAGCUCUAACUUUAAUGUAUUUUUUAUACUUAUUAACUCUUGAAUAUUUUUUUUUAUUUGUAUAGUUGAGUGGUGGGACCAAUAUGGUGUGGAGACUCCGGAUUUACAGACUUUCGCCAUCAGAGUUCUAAGUUUAACCUGUAGCUCAUCCGGAUGUGAAAGUAACUGGAGCGUUUUUGAACACAUUCAUACAAAGAAGAGGAAUCGACUAACCUUGAAGCGCCUCCAUAAUCUUGUGUUCAUAAAAUACAAUAGAGCAUUGAGGCGUCGCUACAACCACCGCAAUCUAAUUGAUCCAAUUCUUUUGGACAAUAUUGAUGAGGCUAAUGAGUGGCUAACCGGAGUCCCCGAAAAUUGUGAAGAUGAAGAGGUAUUUGAAGGCGACUCUAAUUUCACUUGGGGUGAUGUUGCGGUUGCUAGUGGAGUUGGGGAGAAUCCUUAUGGUUUAAGGGGGAAUACUUCAAGUGCAAGCUCGAUUAGGAAGGGAAAAAGUGUGGCUACUACAAGUCGAUCCCUAUCCCUAAUUGAUGAAGAUGAAAGUGAUCAUGAAGAGAAAGAGGAGGGGGAAGAAGAAGAUGACGAGCAAUAUGAAGAUAAUAGAGGAAUUCAAGAUUUUGUCAAUCUUGAAGAAGAACAAGAAGAGUAGAAGAAUAAGAUGUUGAUUCUAGUAAUUUAGUAGCUUUGAUUUUGCUUGUCUUAUGGUUUGUGGAGGAUUUGGUGGUACAUAGUACCUACUUUUAAGUUUUUCAAUUGAACUUUUUGAUUAUUUAUAAUUUUAUAUUGCGUCUUUGCAAGGUUACAUUAUGUUUUUUAAGAAUUGUGCUUCACUUUAAUAAAGCGUGUGCUUCGCUCGCCCUUGUCGCUUUUUUGCGCUUCUCGCUCUUAAAAACACUGGUUUCAAGUUUGAAAACAUGUGGCUACAGUUAAAAGGGUUCCCGGACAAAUUGAAGCACUGUUCGUAGAGUUACACUUUCAUCAAUAUUGCAGAUUUCAUCCUUCUGCAAAAGUUGAAAAACUUGAAAAAGAACAUUUACUACUUGGAAUAGGGAAGAAUUUGAGGUGGUGGAAAACUAGGAAAAUUAGGGAACUAGAUGAACUUAUGGCAUUUGACCAGGCUGCAGAAGUAAGGCAAUUGACUUUAUCUGAGUCCAACCAAAUGAUGAACCUAAGAGUUAAAUUACAGUAGCUGGCCAAAGCAGAAGAGAUGUCAUAGAGGCAGAAGUCUAGGUGUCUUUGGCUUACCGAAGGAGACAGGAACACUAAAUACUAUCAAAAGAUUGCCAACUCACACAGAAAGGGAAACUGCAUAGACAAACUCAUGGUUGGUAGUGAAAUCAUUGAGGAUAAAGAAUUGAUGAAGGAUACACUGGAUUUCUAUGAAAAGCUGUACACUGAACAAGAUAAUUGGAGACCUGCUGCUAAUUUUGAAGGCAUUGCCUCCAUAACAGAAGAGGAAAUGUGUGAUCUGGAAGAACCUCUUGUUGAAGAGGAGGUAAUAGAAGCUAUACAAUUAACUCCUCCAAUCAAGGCACCAGUACCUGAUGGGGAUACAAUGGCCUUUUACCAACAGUCGUGGGAAUUCAUAAAAUCUGACAUCCUUGUAGCAUUGAAUCGUAACAUCAACAAUGUUGGAGGGUUAGAUCAUGUAAUGCAUCCUUCAUUGCACUGAUACCUAAGAAAAAAGGAGCUAUGGAAUUAGGAGACUACAUAGAAUUAGCCUCUUUGGCAGUGUAUCCAAGUUAGCUAAGGUCCUAACUAAAAGAUUGAGGAAAGUGAUGGGGAAAUUGGUCUCAAAUCAGCAAAAAUGCUUUCAUGGGGGGUGGGUGGGGAGAUUACAGAUGCCUCAUUAAUAGAAAAUGAGGUUCUUGAUAGCAAUUGAAGCAGAGGGGUGCAUGUAUCCUAUGUAAUCUGGACAGGGAGAAAGUUUUGACCAACUGAACUGGUUCUGUCUCAUAUCCAUCCUUGAACAGAUGGGGGAUUUGGUGAAAGGUGGAUCAAAUGGAUCAAGUUCAACAUUUCCACUGUGAAGUACUCUAUUUUGAUCAACAUAAGGCAGUUGGUUUUUUUCCCCAUAAAGAGGCUUGAGGCAGGGUGGCCCUCUAUCACCAUUCUUAUCAUACUUGAAAUUGAAAGAUUGAGCAGAAUAUUGGACAAAGCUAAGCAAUUGGAAUAGCUAAGUGGCUUUGAAGUUGGGAGAAGUUUCUCAGUUAACAUAUCUCAUCUGCUUUAUGCAGAUGACACCUUGAUUUUCUGUGGGGCUGACAAAAAUCAGGUGCUUUAUUUGAACCUAACCCUCCUUGUUUGUAAAGCUCUUUCCGGUUUACACAUGACAUGCUCAAAAGUGUAAUCUAUUUUGUUAAUGAGGUGCAAAUCUUGAAGAACUGGCAAGUAUACCAGGCUGCAGCAUUGGGUCUUACCCGACUACCUACCUAGGAGUUCCACUAGCGGCCAAAUACAAAUUAAAACAUAUAAGGACUGGGGUCAUUGAGAAGUUUGAAAAGAAGCUAGCCUUCUGGCGGUUGCAGUAUUUAUCAAUGGGAGACAGACUGACCUUGAUCAAUAAUGUCCUUGACAGCAUCCCUACUUACUAUAUGUCACUAUAUCCUACGAGUUAAGAUUCUGAGACAACUUGAUAAAAUCAGGAGGAAUUUCCUAUAGGAAGUUAACAACAGUGGGCACAAGUUCCAUCUGGUCAAGUGGUCUAAAGUCCUAUUACCAAAGCACCAAGGUGGACUAGGUAUCAAGGAAUUAGCUCUUCAUAACAAGUGCUUGUUAAUGAAGUGGCUUGGAGUUACACACAGGAGGAUUAGAGCCUUUGGAGGAAGUUGUCAAGGCCAAGCUUGAAAUUCAGAAUCAUUGGUGCACUAGAUUAUCAAGAGCACCACAUGGAGUUGGAGUCUGGAAGAAAAUUUGCAAACACUCUUGGAGGAGUUCUCUCAGAACAAGCAGUUAGGGAAUGACCAUCAUAUCCAAUUUUUGAAGGAUAAGUGGUUGGGCAACACAGUUCUUAUGGAUGAUUACCUUCUAUAUAUCAGCAGAUGGUUAGAGAUUCAGACUCAACAAUCUACUAGAAUAAGGAGGGCAACACAUGGAACAUAAGAUUCAGAAGUAACAUGAAAGACUGGAAAUUUGUGGAACUACUCAGGCUAUUAGCUACAUUUAAUGGCUUCUCAAGCAAUACCCUAGUACCAGACCAGUUCAGAUGGGGAGCUGAACAUGUAGGAAGGUAUUACGUGAAAGCAGCUUACAAGCUAAUCUGGAAAGUUAAAACUCACAAUGCAAUCACUCAUCAUUCGCCUUGGAAGCUAAUCUGGAAAAUUAAACUCACAAUGCAAUCACUAAUCAUUGGCCUUGGAAGCUAAUCUGGAAAGUUAAAUCACUAAUCAGGGCAUUGCCAAAUCAGUUUUGUUUUCAGUGAUACUAUUUACUAUGUAGGUGAUACUUCUCAGUUGGUACUAUUCUAUCAUUACUAUUUUCAAGUCGUACUAUACUAUCAUUACUAUUUUGGUGAUACUAUCAUGUGAUACUAUUCUGAAAGUAUAUUUUUAGGUGACCUAAUUCCUCCCAUCACAUGAUUCUUCUUGAUUAUAAAAUAUAUUCCAUCCGUUUCAAUUUAUGCGAAUCUAUUUCCUUUUUAGUCAGUUUCAAAUAGAAUGAACCUGGUCCUAUUAAGGGAACUCUUAAUUUAGGAUUUUAAUAUUACCCUUAAUAAAAAACUUUCACAGCCACACAAAUGGUAUAACAUGUUUUGCACCACAAGUUUCAAAAGAUUUAUAAGCACACAAGUGUUAUGACAUAUUUUAAAUUACAAGUUUCUCAAAAGUUUUUCGUUUUUUAUUAAACUCCGUGCCUAGUCAAAUAGGUUCACAUAAAUUGAAAUGGAGGGAGUAUUGUAUUUAUGGCUUAGUUGAAUGUGUAAUCAGACCGUCGUGAGAGAGUUGUACUCACCACUGGAGGAGUAUGUCUGCAACCACUUGGACUGAACACUGCUGUAAAAAUUUUCAAGGCUACGUGAAUGUGCACUAGUGCUUCUUUAUCAGUACUUGACCUGAUUAUGACAUUAAAAUAAAUACACUCUAGAAGCCCAACAAACAAAAGUCCACUUCUUACUCAAAUUCCCUAUGGAGAGGCAAUAUUGAAGCAUAGAUGUCAGAGGGGAAAAAUAAUACUUGGUGCAAUCCUUUUAGCUUCCUGCUGGAAGGAAAGUAAAUUGCUCUCAUAUGGGUAUCAAGACUUUGACCAAGCGCAACAAGAGUGCUCAUGAAAUGGUGGUGGAGGUAUGCUCAAGAAACAACAAGCAUGUGGAAAGAGGUAGUAAAUGCCAAAUAUGGGGUGCAAGACAGGUGGUGCACCAAGCAGAGCAGAGCCCCACAUGGAGUUGGCCCAUGGAAGCAUAUCAACAAUCUGAAAGAUGAAUUCUUUCAAGAGGUAUCCUUCAAGAUUGGGAAUGGCAACAAUAUUAAAUUCUGGAAGGACAGGUGGCUCAACAAUCAACCUCUGAAAGAUUCACAUCCUGGCCUUUAUCAGAUUGCUUCUGACCCUGAAUCUUCAAUAGCUCAAAAUAGAGCAGGGAACACAUGGGAUCCCCACUUCAGAAGAAACAUGCAGGAUUGGGAGCUAAAUCAGCUAUUUGACCUAUACAGAGUACUUGAAGAUGCCAUAGGGAAUCCUCAAGUCUCAGACAGCUUAAGGUGGGGCAAUUCUGAUAAGUGUAUCUACACAGUGAAGGCAGGAUAUAGUAAACUAAGUGCAUCUAAUGAUAUGAUGGAACAUUGGCCAUGGAAGUUGAUAAGGAAGACAAAACUCCCUACUAAAGUUAUGUGCUUCUCCUGGACAGCCCUCAAGGAAGCUAUCUUGACCUAGGAUAACCUGUUCAGUUGGCAAAUAGGUGCUACAUGUGUCAGCUCAACCCAGAGUCGGUUAACCAUCUGUUACUACACUCUACAGUGGCUGUAGAUCUAUGGAACAUGUUCCUUGCACUUUUUGGAAUCAGUUGGACAGUCCCACAGAAUAUUAGGGAUGCAGCAGUUAGCUGGAGCCUCUGGCAAGUUGAUAGAUCCAUCAAGAAGAUCUGGCGAAUGAUCCCUGCAUGUAUUUUCUGGUGUAUCUGGACAGAGAAGAAUCGUAGAUGUUUUGAUGACAUUUCAACUUCCAACUGUAACCUGAAGUCUAAAUGUUUGAUGAGUCUUUUCAGCUGGAGUAACCUUUACCCUGUAAAUGAUACUAUUCCCCUCUUAGAUUUCAUUAGCUCUCUCAAUGGUUUAGUAGCCUUUCCCUUUUGCUCUUGGUUAACUCCCUGCUCUAGAAUGGUUUUUUUGUAUUAAGAGUUAACCAAGUUUUCUAUUGUAACCUUUUGCAUCUUCUUGAUGCCUAUAAUGCAAUACCUUACUUCAUUAAAAAUAAAAUAAAUUUGCUCUCACAUGGGCAAAAUAUAAAGAGAAUUGUGGCGCCAUAAUUUUACAGGAAGUUGAAAAGUAAGUUAAAAGGCAAUGAUGUCCCUAGCAUCUUGUAAACCUGUUUUCUGCUCUCAUUAAUUGUUGAUAUAGUGGUGUCAAUAUAAGAUGACAUCAAAUCUGCAACUCUAUGGAAGGUUGAGGCCAAUACUUUUGCUAAAGUAGGCCGUUCCUGCAUGAAAUAUACCAGACAAUGCAUUAGAUCCUCUGUUGGCCAGACACUUUAUUGUCUAUAGACAUGGAUUGGGUACCUUAUAUGCGUGCGUUCUUGAUAAUCAGCAAAUGACUUGCUAGAAAUUGAAUGCAUGCGUUUCUUUGUAAAAUAGUUUUGAUGAGAUCUUAGGGAAGCACCAAACAUAAAUGUCUUGUAUGACAGUGGUGAGAGCAUAAAAAUCUGAAAGUCAGGUGGAAAACCUGGUUAGGUCUUAAAUGGUGAUCCAGAUGUUGUAAUAAAUUUGAGGAACUUCAUAAAAUGCUAUAUCGUACUGUCACCUUCCUACAUCACAAAAGAGAGGAUGGAGGAAAAAAUUACAGCAAUUUGGGAACUUCGAUGUUUCAUGUAUAUUGAGAUCUUAUUGAGCUUUGUGCUUGGACAUCGGUUAAGAAAAACAUUCUAAGGCUUGUCUUGGCUCUUUGAAGUUGUUGCUUUUCAGUUUUCAUGCUCUACUGUCUUGUCUCUUUCCCCCUUCAUGGCUAUUCAUGAGUUUUCGUCAGUCCUUGGAGUUGUAUGUUAUUGCUGUUUGAUAGGUGAUUUUUUAUUUUUGAAUACAUGAUGUGGCUUGCAACCUCAGCACCUUUCGCAAACUAACUUGAUUAGCCUGAUUAAGUCGCCUUGUUGACUCAUUGCUAUAUUUGAUAAUCGAUUGCAGAUAAUGACCAUUCUCUUUUGAAUAUUUCUUCUUUGAGAAUAUUGUGGCUUAAUACAUAAUUCCUUAAUCCUAGAACAGUGGUCAAUAGGCCACUGCAACUUAAGUACAAUUCGUGUUUUCAUAACUACCUCUGCUUCUUAUCCAGGUGUAUUUCCUUGAUGGUGAGGCCAUCUCAGAGGUGAUUAUACACUACUUAAGGUUCCUAAGUUCCAGGAGGAGGAGAACCAUUCUUCAGUAUUUCCUAUUGGGUGGGACCAUUGCAUCUAUUCUUAUUGUCUUCCUUCACGUUUUCCUUGUUUUAUUUUGAGAUAAUUUUGCCAAAUAUUGCUUCUUUGUAAAGGGGUGGAGCUUGGAGACAGAUUUGCUCUCCCUGCGCGUUUGGAAUUAUUAUGUCAUUUGCUCAUGUAUGUUUUGACAGAUUAACGUGGUAAAUGUUCUUUUGUUUCUUCCUG